UCCCCUUCUUCCUUCUUUUUUAUUCUUAUCUCGCUUGUUUCAGGUACAUAACUGUAGGAUGCUCGGCGCUGAGACUGAUCCUACGAAACUUCGCAUCCGUGAUCAAAUCGAACGUGGAAGCGCCACUUCACACGAUCGGUGUAGACGUGUCACGGGAGGAAAGAUACCACAAGUGCCUCUCCUGUUUCGAGAAGCUCUCGACGAUCAGAGGUAUCCUGUUGAAGAAACAAGGUACGCCGGGCAAAUUGGGCGUUUUGUUCCGCGAGUUGGCCGUGCUGAUAAGGAGCAUCGAGUGACCACGGCUGAGGAGCAUGGUGAAUCCGGCCGCCAGACUCGUCGUUACCUGACAGGGAAUCGAGAAAGCUCGAGGGAAGAGGGGCGUGUGGACCACGAGGGAGAAUCAUCAACACGCUUUCGAGUUGCCUUACCCGGGCAAGCUUGGCGGAUCAGCUCGCCGGGGAACGCUUUCCUCCUCGCUCCUCGGCUCGUUCCGGGUCCUAACCGAUCAUCCGGCGGCGCCACGUUCGAGGAGGGAGACGAACGAGCGGCGGAAGACGAAAUUCACGACGAAGAUGAUGACGCUGAAACGACGUUGAAACGGAAGAAGAAGAAAAAGAAGGAAACGGAUUACUUUUUUUUUAUUCUCUCCUCUUCGUAAACCUUCAGCAAACGAUCAUCACACAAACUACAGGAGGAGAGCGUGUUGAACGAUUUAAAAAUUUGUCGAGGCUGCGCACGACAUUUUCGUUCGUCGUUUCGGCUCCGCACAAGAGUUGGAGCCUGUCCCGUCUUUUUUUAAAGGGAACCGGAUGAACCCUUAAGAAAACGUCGAGAAAAGUUUCGUCGAUCGCGAAACCGCGCCUCGAGUUUUACGAAUUUCUUCUUUAUGAAAUACCAGGGAGAGAGAGAGAGUGAGUGAGUGUAUGCGUGAAAUAUUAUAUAUAUAUAUAUAAAAGAGGUGUUGAUGAUUAUAUUAUAGUAAAAAAAAAAAAAAAAAGAAAAAAGAAGAAAAGUGUAAUAUCAUUUAAUAUAUUGCGCUGUGUACAGACAGAUUGUAUAAUCGUGUAUAUCGAUGGCGUGCUACGUCGUCCUACGUUUUUUCACGAAGUUGUGGUGCAUGCGUCUUUGCCCUCGCCUCGGGCCAAGAGAAAUAAAUAUGAAAUGGCGGUUUUCGCGAGGACGAAAUUUUUCUCGACAUCUCUCUUAUUGUAUUCUAUUGUCUCUCCGCGGGGAAAUUAUCGAGAAACGCGGUUGUAUUAUCCAUGGCCUUCUUGCCAGUCUCGUGUCCGAUUUACGCAUGCGAGUAUAAGUAAGUUUUCCCUAAUGCAGGAAAAAAAAAAAAAGAACGAAACGAAGAGAAAAUGAUGAUGAUGAUGAUUAAUACGACAAGUGAGAUAAUUAAGAAGUAAAUAAUAAAAAGAUAGGUAGGAAUACAACAUUUUUCUAAUGAUAACAGGAGGAAGAAUGAGAAAUAACAAAUUGUAUUUUUGCAACAGCCAUUUGCGUCCUUUCACUUAAAUAAAAAAGAAAAAAAGAGAGAGGAGAGAGAGAGAGAGAGAGAAGAAGAUACUCUAAUUAGUAGAUAUAUGACUCGAUGUAUGACUCCCGAACAAAAGAGAAAAGGGAAAAAAAAAAAAGAAAUGUCGAAGCUGCUUGCGAGUUGAAGAGGCGCGGAUUAGAAUUAGUUUUCCUUUUUUUCUGAAAUUCGAGCGUUGACGUUGAAAAUUCAAGAGUUAAGGAUAAUUGUCGGGAAAAAGAGACGAGAAUAAAUAAAACUCUUGCACUUCUCUUGUGCUACUAUUUACAUCGGAUUAUUAACUUUGGAUAGAAUUUUAGAAGAAUUUUAAAAAUUUUUGCUUCUUCAACACGAGCAAAAAAGAAUUGGAAAUGUCGAAAGAAGAGCGAAGAAGUUAAAUAGUUGUGGAAGAAAAAAAAAAAGAAAAAAAAUGACACGAUUCUAAGAAACGUUUUCUUUGUACUAUGAACUUUGAACAAUGCGUUUCGUUUUUCAUUCUCGCCUCUUUUUCAAUUUGUCUCAGUGAUACCAGUUUUAAUACGUUCCCCUCUUCUUCGUUCUUAUUUUCCUCGAAUUAACCUCCCGAAUUUUUAAACGCCGCAUUACGAGAGAUUUCAUCGUCGAGGAACGGCCUACACACAAUCGUCUGCUAUAUUCGUCCAUCCGAAAUUAAAUUUCGAGAAUUCGAAAAUUCGAAAAUCGAAAGAGAUACUCCCGAAACUCCGGGUACCGUUUAUUAGAAUAAAAGAUAAACGUGUAGAGUAACGUUAUUAUCGUGAUUGCAGAUCGUUAAACUGUGAAAUCACUCGUACCACAGCUUUUUUUGCAAAACUGUGUACAAUAAUGAAUAUUUCGUAAUAAUCGAUUAUUAUCGAGAGGAUGAGAGAGAGAGAGAGAGAGGAGGAUGAUAAUGUUUUUUCAAAGAGAUUUUUUGGAUUUCAUUUUUUUUUUGCAUGAAUCGUAGAGAUACCGUCGAAGAUACCUUUCGACAUCGUGUUCCAGUGACAAUUUUUUGGGAUCAGAGAAGCAGUCGGUUGACGAGGCGGUAACGGAAAC